GCAUCACAGACUCGAAGGCUAAGCUUUAACGUGUGGUCUCUCUCGGUCCAAACAAAAACUAGGCUGUCGUUGCUUCACAGUUCACACUCCCAUGACACCACCAUAGCCAACCAAGAUGUUCGCCAAAUGUAGAAGCCACACUAGAGUUUCCCAGAUUAACCGGAUCUCCCGAACCCACUUCCAGCAAAAACCCAACUCCCCAAAACCAUGUCUCUGACUAUUAAGCUUCACGUUACCACCUCCCACCUCAACAUCACCGCAAUCAAAAGACCAACCCUCCCCAGGUUAAGAACCACCAAACCCAUUUACCAUUCUGACGCAUUAUUGUGCCUCGUGUAUAAACAGAAACCCACAACAAUGCAUGAGCCGGCUCGAUCCACCAUCAAGAGCUCGCUGAUCGAGCCGGACGGCGGGUCCUUGGUCGAUCUCGUGGUGCCGGAAAGCGAGCGCGGGAGCAAGGCCCUCGAGGCCGAGUCGCUGCCGAAGUUGAGCCUGACCAAGAUUGAUCUGGAGUGGGUGCAUGUGAUCAGCGAGGGAUGGGCUAGCCCUUUAAGAGGGUUCAUGAGGGAGGACCAGUACUUGCAGAGCUUGCACUUCAAUUCGUUGAGAGUCAAGGACGGGUCUGUGGUCAACAUGUCGCUUCCCAUUGUGUUGGCCAUUGACGACGAGACCAAGGAGAGAAUCGGGACGUCGCCGAAUGUGGGGUUGGUUGGACCUAAUGGAGAUUUGAUUGGGAUAUUAAGGAGCAUUGAGAUAUACAAGCAUAACAAAGAAGAAAGGAUUGCGAGGACUUGGGGGUCAACUGCACCAGGAUUGCCGUACGUUGAAGAGGCCAUCACUCCAGCUGGAAACUGGCUUAUUGGCGGAGAUUUAGAAGUACUAGAGCGUAUCAAAUACAAUGAUGGGCUCGAUAACUACAGACUCUCUCCUCAACAACUCCGAAACGAAUUUGAUAAGCGCCAGGCGGACGCAGUUUUUGCGUUUCAGUUGAGAAAUCCUGUACAUAAUGGUCAUGCUCUGUUGAUGAAUGAUACACGCCGGCGACUCUUGGAAAUGGGUUACAAGAAUCCAAUUCUAUUGCUUCAUCCUUUAGGAGGUUUCACAAAGCCGGAUGAUGUGCCCUUGGAUGUUCGGAUGGAGCAGCAUAGCAAGGUACUAGAGGAUGGAGUUCUCGACCCUGAAACUACCAUUGUGGGCAUAUUCCCAUCACCUAUGCACUAUGCAGGUCCAACUGAGGUACAAUGGCAUGCAAAAGCACGGAUAAAUGCAGGCGCAAAUUUUUACAUUGUGGGGCGUGAUCCUGCUGGUAUGGGACACCCAACAGAGAAGAGAGACUUGUAUGACCCUGAUCAUGGGAAAAAGGUGUUGAGCAUGGCACCUGGCCUUGAGAAGCUCAAUAUUUUGCCAUUCAGGGUGGCUGCUUAUGACACUGUGGAGAAGAAGAUGGCAUUUUUUGAUCCUUCACGUGCAAAAGAUUUCCUCUUCAUCUCUGGGACCAAGAUGCGGACUUAUGCAAAGACCGGCGAAAACCCUCCUGAUGGUUUUAUGUGUCCCGGAGGAUGGAAGGUUCUAGUGAACUACUACGAGAGCUUGCAAACAGAAGAGUCAUCGCAGCACCAAGCUGUUUUAUCUACUUAGAUGUAUAUGAUGAGUUGCAGAGCAUUCUCUUCGGUUAAGGUCAUUGAGGUCUAGCAGGGAAAAGCUUAGUCACUAGGCAAAUUUUAACCGAUCCAGCACAAGGGUCUCUGUUUUUCAUUCCGGUAACCGCAUUGUAUCUGCUGAUGCUUGUAAUUUUUGGUCAUCCAAUUUUUUUACAUGUUUUUUUUUUUUGGGGUCUGAUUAUGAGAUUAUAUGAACAGGAUGACUUGAAAGGAAUGAAAGAAAUGGUAGGGAUUUUGGGCU